CCAUGUCUGUCUGCUCCCCCCGCCCCUGACACACACACACACACACACACACACACACACAGACACACACACAGACACACACACACACACACACACACACACACACACAGGAAGCAGCAGACGCUGCGUAGCCGCAUGGAGGAGGAGGAGCAGAGAGGAGGUGUUCGUCUCCACAACAACUAAAGUCUUCUUGGUCCUUGGACCUGCCGACCAGACUGGACUAAGCGUGACCAGACUGGACUAAGCGUGACCAGACUGGACUAAGCGUGACCGGACUGGACUUCAGCAGGUCAGAGAGUAAAGCAAAGAUUUAACCUUCCGACCUCUUAGACAGCCACCUCCCCCUCAUCCUUUGACCCCCUGACCCUGCCGCUACAACAUGGACGCAAGCCCCUCCGGAGGCGACCCCGACAGGUGAACACGCCCUCGCUCCGUCCCGCGCCGCCAUGACGGAGGGGCUGCUGCAGGUGGAGAUCCCGGACUUCGGCAGCAGCGUGCUGGGCAGCCUGAACCAGCAGAGGCUGCUGGGACACCACUGUGACGUCUCCAUCCUGGUCCAGGGUCAGCUCUUCAAGGCCCACCGCGCCGUCCUGGCCGCCUCCUCGCUCUACUUCCGAGACCUGUUCAGCGCCGAGUCCUCCGAGGCCAGCGAGUCCUCCCAGGUGACUUUCGAGCUGCCCUCCUCCGUGACGCCCGCCUGCUUCCGGCAGAUUCUCUCCUUCUGCUACACGGGCCGCCUCAACAUGGCGCCCAGCGAGCAGCUGGUUCUCAUGUACACGGCGGGGUACCUGCAGAUCCAGAACAUCGUGGAGCGGGGGCUGGAACUGAUGAUGAUGAAGUCCUCCUCGUCCUCGCCGUACUGCUGUGACUCACAGACCACUUCAGCAGACGAGCUGGGAGCUUCAGACCUGCCGGGGGUCCAGCAGCCCCAGCAGGGGGCCAGUCCAUCCAUGAGUCCAGAAGAGCUGCUGAUGGCGGUCAGCAGGAUCAAACAGGAGAGACAAGACUCUCCUCCUGGAGAAGACAUGGAGGCCAGAGCCGAGCUCCAGACCACCACAGGGGGCGCUGUGUGCUACCUGGGUGCAGGUGCGGGCGUGGUUCUGGGCCUGCAGUCCUACCUCCUGGCAGGUGGGGGGCGCUCUAGUUCGGAAGGGACGGACUCGCCCCCCUCCCACCCCCCAACCGAGGAGGAGCUGGAGGACAACUACUUCUGCAACAGCAGCCAGUCCGGAAUGUUCCAACACAUGUUUGGACAGGAGAAGAUGGAGCUGCUGCGUCUGCCGCUGGGCAGCGAGCGGCGUGCGUGCGUGCUGGUGGGCGGAGACAACAUGGCGCUCCCGGCCAGUCUGGUCAGUCAGAUCGGAUAUCGCUGCCACCCCUCGCUCUACGGCGAGGGAGAACCUGGAGAGAAGGUGGAGCUGGUGGCAGGUUCAGGUGUGUUCAUGACCCGAGGUCAGCUGAUGAACUGUCACUUGUGUGCUGGGGUCAAACACAAAGUUCUGCUCAGGAGGCUGCUGGCAACCUUCUUUGACAGAAACACUCUGGCCAAUAGCUGUGGGACUGGGAUCCGCUCCUCCACCAAUGAUCCCAGCCGAAAGCCCCUGGACAACCGAGUGUUAAACACAGUCAAACUCUACUGUCAGAAGUUUGCUCCGAGCUUCAAGGAGAGCGAGAUGAACGUGAUCGCAGCAGACAUGUGCACCAAUGCUCGCAGAGUAAGAAAGCGUUGGCUCCCCAAGAUCCAUUCUCUGCUCCCCGGCGGCCUGGCUAACUCCGCCCCCCAGGCCCGCAGGGCCAGGAGGGGGGGCGCGGUGCGAGCGGGGGGAGGAGACGUCCAUUUGGAACUGGACCUACGUCCGCCAGGCCAGGAGGUGGACAGGGAGGAGCCUCACCUACAGCUGGUUGGCUCGCGAGGGGGCGGAGCAAGGCAGAUGGGCGUGGAUGCAGGAAGUGAAGGGCGGUCACAACAUCAGGACCCCGCCCUCUGCGUCUCAUCCUCCUACUCACCUGAAUCCUCCCCCUACAUGGCUGAGACUGCACCCCCUGACACUGAUGACAGGGGGGCGGAGCCUCUUCAACACAGCCAAUAAGCUCUUUACUGCAGGCGCCUAACUGUCUAUUAGCUCUUCCUGUCUGUCUGCUGGCCAUCUGUCCCCUACCUCACUUCCUGUCUGGCCCCUAUUGCACUUCCUGCCUUAUCUGUCCCCUACCUCACUUCCUGUCUGUCCCCUACCUCACUUCUUGUCUUAUCAGUCCCCUACCUCACUUCCUGCCUUAUCUGUCCCCCACCUCA